AUGUCCCUCUCUCGGACGCGGACCUGCUUCUUCACCUGCUGCUUUCUGUCCAGCCUGGUUCUCCCUGCACCAUGUCUGACCAUCCAUGGCCCUCAAGCGCUCAGCUCAGGGUCACAGGUGAUUACAGCCUCUUUACAGCAAGACCAGUACGCCUCUUUUCACGCAGAAAACCCUGAAUGGACUUUCAACCAUCUCGCCGUGGACUAUCGUAACGGUAACGUCUAUUUGGGUGCCGUCAAUCGCAUCUACAAACUGUCCCCCAGCUUAGAAGUCCAGGUGUUCCAUGAAACUGGACCAGACGAGGACAACAGGAAGUGCUACCCUCCUCGUAUUGUCCAACCCUGCAGCGAACCACUGACGCUCACUAACAAUGUAAACAAAAUGCUCUUAAUGGACUACAGGGAGAACAGGCUACUAGCUUGUGGUAGCCUAUACCAAGGUAUAUGCAAACUGCUGCGUUUGGAUGAUCUUUUCAAACUUGGAGAGCCAUUUCACAAGAAGGAGCACUACCUUUCUGGGACCAAUGAAAGCGGAUCCGUUUUUGGGGUUAUUGUAUCCUAUGGGAACGCAUCUCCAGACAUGCUGUUUGUGGCCACAGCUGUAGAUGGCAAACCUGAAUACUUCCCCACCAUAUCCAGCCGCAAGUUAGCAAGAAACUCUGAGGAGGACGGCAUGUUUGCAUAUGUUUUCCACGACGAGUUUGUGGCGUCUAUGAUCAAAAUCCCUUCGGACACAUUCACGGUCAUCCCAGACUUUGACAUCUACUACAUUUACGGUUUCGCCAGCGGGAAUUUUGUGUACUUUUUGACCCUGCAGCCAGAGAUGGGCGGAGGUCCAACCACGGGGUCGUCCGCAGCAGGACGUGAGCAGGUGUACACGUCUAAAAUCGUACGUCUGUGCAAGGCUGACACCGCUUUUAACUCCUACGUGGAAGUGCCCAUAGGGUGCGUCAGUGGGAAUGUGGAGUAUCGUUUGCUGGAGGCGGCGUAUCUGUCCAAAGCUGGCGUGACCCUGGCCCGCUCUCUGGACGUGGCACCAGACGACGACGUCCUUUUUGCUGUCUUCUCCAAAGGGCAGAAGAGACGACCACGCCAGGCCACCCAGGAUUCAGCGUUGUGUGUCUUUUCUCUCCGCAAGAUCAAUGAGAAAAUAAAGGAGAGACUGCAGUCCUGUUACAAGGGAGAGGGGACGCUGGACCUGGCCUGGCUCAAGGUCAAGGACAUCCCCUGCAGCAGCGCACUCCUGACCAUCGACGACGACUUCUGCGGACUUGAUAUGAACGCGCCGCUGGGCGUGUCUGAGAUGGUGCGCGGGAAACCUCUGUUCACUGAAGCAGCAGACAAAAUGACAUCUGUCAUCGCCUACGUCUACAAGAACCACUCACUGGUCUUUGUGGGCACCAAGGGCGGACGCCUCAAGAAGGUCAACCCUGUGUUUGCACAAGCACGCGAGCAGAAGGCACUGGGACACUACAACACUUCAACACCCUGCACUUUACCUAGCCCAGAGUCAAAGCACAGCGCUCCAUGUUGUGCGUCUUCCUCUUUCCCCAACACCAUGUUGUCGUACUGCUGUCCAGUGAGGGAUUCUGGCAGCGUCUGUGUUUCCACAAGCUGCUCAGUUUGUUGGGCUUUGCCAGACAGACACAGCGUCCGCAGCAAGCUGGUUCACAAACUUCCAGAGCAGUUGUUUGAUUAA